AUGUACAUCCAGGCGCUCCAGAAUGCUGCAGAUAAAGCUGAACGUGAUCAGCUCACAAAGGCUUACCAGACUGCAGUUGUGUUGUUUGAGGUCCUCAAGGCAGUUAAUCAGACGAUUCCCAAAACACACAACCACGUCGAUCCUGAUAGUUCUAUCAUGCGAUGUCCCAAGAUCCAUGCCGCUUAUCACGCCCUUCGUGACACCAGGGGUCUACCAUGGCCUAACGACCAUGAAAAGAAAGAAGAUGCAGAUCUUCUUGACUGGCUUCACGCAAUGUUUGGGUUUCAGAAAGAUAAUGUGUCCAAUCAAAGAGAACAUCUCAUACUCCUGAUUGCCAGCAUACAUAUGAACAACACCCAAACAUGA